CGCGCGCAAGCAAGCACACGAGGGAGCAGCGGGCAGGCAGGCAGGCAGCCAUGGGGAGGUCUCCGUGCUGCGAGAAGGCACACACGAACAAGGGCGCCUGGACCAAGGAGGAGGACCAGCGCCUGAUCGCCUACAUCAGGGCGCACGGCGAGGGGAGCUGGCGCUCGCUGCCCAAGGCCGCGGGACUCCUCCGCUGCGGCAAGAGCUGCAGGCUCCGCUGGAUGAACUACCUCCGCCCGGACCUCAAGCGCGGCAACUUCACCGGCGACGACGACGAGCUCAUCAUCAAGCUCCACGCCCUGCUCGGCAACAAGUGGUCGCUCAUCGCGGGGCAGCUGCCCGGCCGGACGGACAACGAGAUCAAGAACUACUGGAACACGCACAUCAAGCGCAAGCUGCUCAGCCGCGGCAUCGACCCGCAGACGCACCGCCCGCUCAGCGGCGGCGCGGGCAGCGCGCUCACCACCACGUCCAGCACCGCCGGCUUCCCGUCCCCCGCGCCGGCGUCCAGGCCCACGCCCACGCCCCCGCCCGCCGUCGUCGUCCCGCCCAAUGCGAUCUUCGCGCGCCCGGCGCCGUCGGAGGACGGCCACAGCAGCAGCGGCGCGAGCACGGACGCGCCGCGCUGCCCCGACCUCAACCUGGACCUGGACCUGUCCGUGGGCCCGCCGCCCAAGACGCCGGCGGCCACGCCCGCGUCGCAGCAGCGGCGGCGGACGACCAUCUGCCUGUGCUACCACCUCGGUGUCCGCGGCGGCGAGGCCUGCAGCUGCGAGACCGCGUCGUCGCUGGCGGGCUUCCGGUUUCUCCGGCCGCUGGAGGAGGGCCAGUACAUAUAGGUAAAGGUAGGCGUCGUUAAAUCACUGUAGGCAGGCAGAGGCAACCCUACCCUCGCAAACCUGUAAAAACAGCCAGGGAAAAAAAAUGGAGAGUUUCUAAUGG